UCAUUCUGAUAGGGAGAAGAUGGAGCGGUCUAGCAGCAGGUUGUACUCAGGACCUCUGUCCCAACCGGCCCAGAAGAUUCUGGCUGUUCUUCGCUCCCAGAGGAACUACUCCCAUAAUCGCAGGCAAAUGGUGAGGUAUUAUGGCAGCCAGAGGGAGCCUUGGGCUCAGGGCAGCAGGAGCAUGAGUCAGGAGGAGAGAAAAGACGAACACACAGAUCGGCCCCAGGUGUCCUCAUUUUUCACCUCUCACCAUGACUCCUCCAACAUGGGACAGAGCUCUCAGACCCCAGCCUACUAUCAGUACUCGCAGACACCAGAAAGCUCCCUGUUAUCCCAGACCUCCUCCUGUUCCUCCUCCUGCUGGGGUUCCUCGCGCCAAAGGCAGACGUCUCAGAGUGAAGCCUAUUAUCAGUGCUUACAGACUUAUUCCCACAGAAAGUGCUCCGAACCCCCUGCUUACCAGUCCAGCCAGUCUCUGUCAUUCUGGCAGCAUGAGGUUUCUGAGAUGGCAGCAUGCGUCUCCUAUAGAGACAAAUACACCCUGUCCCUCCAAAUACCCGAGAGACUGCCUGAAUAUCAGUGUAGAAACUCCACUGAAGAAAUCAGGCCUUCUUUCAUCCUCAGUCUUUGUCCAGAUGAAGAGAGUCCUGAUGAGGUAUUCUUCCCCACAGUGGAACACCCAAAUACUCAUAAAGACAAGCCUGGUUUGACUUGUCAUCCAGUCUCAUCCUGCCUUAAAAUAAGUGUUGAGACGGAUAAAGGCACAUCAGUUGAACUGAAAGAAAAGAAAGAUACAAAGGGUUGGAAUAUCCUCAGAAAUGAUCUAGAAGACCCUGGAGCUUCAGACAGUCGACAAAAGUGGAAGCAACCUCUGUCUGACCCCACUGAAGAGGCCCCCAGAGGAGAAGAUGAGGGCAUAUUAUAUCAGCAAUCAGAGUCUGAAACAAUCAGAACCGGAAAGAUACAUUUACCUCCCAGUGGUUUUGCAACAAGACAGGAGACAAGCUGUGAUGCACAUUCACCUAAGUGGAUGAGACAUCUAGAUGAGGAGGAAGAGGUGGAGCUGAUAGUGGAUUCAGAAAAUAUCACUGAGGCAGGUGCAGGACAAGUGUCAGACAGAGAGUAUGAAAUACACAAUGGAGCAAAUGGAGUUAAGUACAAAGACACAGGACAAAGGGAUGAAACCCUGCCAAAUAAGUCAGGACCACUUAGUGAAAUGGAAGGAUUUCUACUGCUGGAAUCCAAUGAGAUCACUAGUUUGCCGAGGAAUUUGGACUUGGCAUCUACAGCAAGUAAUGGGGACAAAAGCCUCCAUUGUUAUUCUGAGGGUGCAAAGUCUGGGCAGAUAAAAGAUAAUAAGCCUCAGUAUAGACUUAAGACACCUGAAGUUAAAGAUGUUGAGCAUCCAUUUGGCUCUGAGAAUAAAAAGAUAUCAGUGGGAUAUCAUACCAGCAGUCCGAAAAAUAUCUCGGUAUCUUUAGAAAGAGGAAACCACAAGGUGAGCCCAUGCCAAGCUGAAACCCCUCCAGUCUUGGGUCAGACUGUGACUGAAAGAGCAGAGAAGCACCACACAGAGGGAGCACUGGUGCAGUGCGAGUCCUCCAAAUUAAUCCUGGGCAGAACCACAGAGGCAAGGGUGGAUGUAAUAGAGGUUGGAUUUGAAGUGGAAACAGAGAGCAGGACAAAGGCAGGCACUGAAGAUGAGAUGGAGACUGAACAGCCCCAUUGUUAUGAUGUCCAGCAAAGAAACUGGCAGUGUGAGACAGAUUAUGCAGAAGUCGAAGAGGUACCUAGAAGAGACACUGAGCCAGGAAAGGGGGCGAUAGACAGAGAUGAGUCAGUGAUGCCACCUGUGGACAGUCAAAAUGAGAGUACAUCUACAGAGGACUCAGGCAGAGUAAGGUGUCCCACGGCAACGUUGUCCCAGGAGUGCAGGGCAAACGAGUCAGGAUUCAAAGUGCCAUGUCUCUGUGGGAACCACCAGCAGCAUGACAAUGUACAAACUGCUAAUGGAAGCAUCAGCGGGAGCAGCUCAAGGACCGUACUGGCCCCAGCAAGCACUUUAGCUACUGGACAAAACUCCUCCACAUGCAAGGACUUGGCUUCAUCUUCCUCAAAACCAAACAAAAAACUGGAAAACUGCUGCGUACCUACUUUCCAAACUCAUUCACAUCAACCUCCUCAGAUUUCCUCCCUCCCCCUGAAGAGGAAGCAUGAAGCACUUCAGCAACAAAGUGAUAACUGUCCUCCCAAAAUCUGCCUAACCAAGCGUCCUCCAAAAUGGGAACCACCUCGUUCCUCACAAGAAAAGGCAAGGGAAGGAGGAGUCAGAAAGAGUAUCCCCAAAACCUCUGUCCCUGAACAUGCAGCCGUACUCCCAGAACCACAGACUAAAGCCAUGCCUUCAAAUGAAACAAGAGUCAUGUUAGGGGUUCGUACGCAUCCAUAUGUCCUGAAGCAAACCAAACAAAGGCGUAGUAAAAUGGAAGAAAGGUGCCAUGAAUCCACCAGGAUAGUUUCCAAAAAGACCCCACACUCUGUGACAUGCAAAACACUCAAGCACAAGCAGGCCAAAUCUGGGCCUGACCAUGACACAGAUGGGUCAAAAACAUUCCAUGAAUUGGCCAAAACUGGUAAGCCCCAAUCCACAGCUGGAUAUCUGACUGAAACCCUGACGUCAGACCCCAGAGUAAAGGAUUCUGGGAAGCUGAACUCUGAUGAGAAGAUGAAGAUGCUUGAAAAAGCUGGGCAGGCCAAGACACUGGUGCUAACCAUGGUGUAUCAGGACGGAACCACUCAGUUAGACCCAGAACAGAAGCUCACUCUGCCAGUGUGUGGCCUCCUCGUACUGAUGAAGAACGAUCUUGAUGGCAGCACACCAGAGGACUCUCUUGGGCCAAACGACAGUCUGGUCUAUUUAAAACUAGAGCGGACACCUGCAUGGGCCCAACAACACACACAUCAGAGCCAGGAACUCUUUACUAGAGAUAUGCUGCUACAGGUACUAUCAAGAUCUCAACUGGUGGUGUGCUAUAAAGCCAAGGAUUUGCUACGUACGGCUCUGCAGUUUCACAAACGAGACCUCGACUGGAAACAAGUGUUAGGCUGUCGUAUCCAGGACCCACAGGUGUCAGGGUGGCUACUAGAUCCUGUACAUCCCUUCUCUUGCUACCAGGAUCUUCUCAAUAAACACUACAAAAGACCCAGUACAACACCUGCCCUGGGCACCAAGAAGGUUUCUCAGGUCAUCUCUGGUCUCUCUUCACUUUACUGGCUGAAUAUGGAGCUAUGCUCUAAACUACAGAGCAAGGGGCUGUGGGAGCUUUACUCAGACAUGGAGCUGAAUAUGAUUCCUGUCCUGGCAGCCAUGGAGAGCCAUCACAUCCAUGUAGACAAAGAGGCUCUUAAGAGAACUUCAGACCUGCUGGGGACUAAGAUGAAGCAGUUGGAGCAGGAGGCCCACCGAGCAGCAGGGCAAAUAUUCCUGGUCACCAGCAACACUCAGCUACGAACAAUUCUGUUUGAGAAGCUGCGCCUCCAUGAGCGCUGCGAGAAGAAGAAACUUCCCAAGACCAUCAACAAACAGCAGCAGUCAACAUCAGAAGCCGCAUUGUUGCAGCUUCAGGACCUGCACCCUCUACCAAAGAUCAUUCUAGAGUACAGACAGGUUCACAAGAUCAAGUCCACUUUUGUUGAUGGGAUUCUCUCAUGCAUGAUGAGCAAGAACUACAUUUCCUCGACAUGGUACCAGACAAGUGUUGUGACUGGGAGAAUCUCUGCAAAACACCCAAACUUCCAGGCCCUGCCAAGACAACCACUUCAAAUCACCAAGAAGCAGUACAUCAAAGGAAAGGAGGAGGAGGUUGUGACUGUUCACCCUCGAGCCAUGUUCAUCCCUCAGAAGGGCUGGACCUUCCUUGCUGCAGAUUUCUGCCAGGUGGAGCUGCGUCUGUUAGCUCAUCUCUCCUCUGACCCUGAGCUGCUCCGCAUUUUUACCAACCCCCAGGCUGACGUCUUCACAAUGCUGGCCUCUCAGUGGAAGGGGGUGAGUGAGGGUGAAGUGACCUCUGAGGAUCGGGAACAUGCUAAACGCAUUGUCUACUCUGUUGUGUACGGAGCAGGUCGUGAGCGUCUGUCAGGGAUCUUGGGGGUGAGUGCUGACCGUGCCAGCCAGUUCCAGGACAGCUUCCUCCAGACCUACAGAGAAGUCCAGGCCUUCAUCCAGAGGACCAUUCAGUUGUGCCACAAGCAAGGUUAUGUGCUUUCCAUCAUGGGUCGUCGGCGGACCCUCCCUAACAUCAACUCUCCAGAUUGGGGCAUCCGCAUGCAGGCUGAGAGGCAAGCUGUCAACUUUAUGGUCCAAGGUUCUGCUGCUGAUCUCUGUAAGAUGGCCAUGAUCCGAAUUUUCAAAUUGGUCUCCUCCACCACCUCGCUCUCUGCCAGGCUGAUAGCGCAGCUCCACGAUGAGCUGCUGUACGAAGUGGAGGACUCUCAGGUGGAACAUUUUGCAGCUUUGGUGAAGAGCACUAUGGAGUCCCUGCAGCACAUAGACCAUCUGGGUGUCCAUCUCAAGGUCCCCCUGAAGGUGGUGGUCUCCAGUGGCAAGUCCUGGGGGUCCAUGUCUGAGCUUAACAUCCCUCCAGUGUCUCCCUCUGCUUUUCUCUGAGUCCUUUGACUCUCUCCACCACGCCCCUGUGUUCAAAUAAUAUACCUUUUUUUCACCAACAUUUUCUCCCUUCUCUCCCUCUUGGUGGGUUCUCAUCUUUUUUCUGAGUUUCUUGUUCCACUUCUCCCUCUCAUAGCAUGUCUCUCCACCUCUCUCCUCAUUUGUCCUGCAUCCACAUCGCUAUGGAAACCAGGCAGCUGCAGCUCCUUCCAGCUCCCAGUUCGUGCUUUCACUCCAUCCGUAUCCUGGGGCAACGGCAGGAGCCACAGACUGGAUUGCGCCAGUUCUCUUUUUUUUCUCUCUCUCUCCUUCUCUGUCUCUCUCCAUCCUGAAAAAAAAAAACAUUCCUCGUCCUCCUCCUCUCCUCCUCUGUUUUCACACUAUCUUGUUAAGACCAAUGUGUUUUCUCUGCCUCGUUGCCAAGGUGAAGCUACACAUUUGAAGGAGAGCUUGAAUGUAUUGGUUCAUAAAAUUGGUUGUUAGAAUUAUUUUUUUUUUUAAAAGAGCAUAGCAGUUGAGCUAAGACUUGUUGUUUUUAUGCUUUGUUCGUGUUGAAUAAAACUUUAAUUUAU